CUGUCAGUUUAAAUCAUUUUAGAUUUUUAGAGCGUCUUGUUUUAUAUUUUUGUGUGUAGUGUAUUUUAAAAAAGAAUUGCGUUGUGUAUUUUACAUUGUCGUGUUAAGAAGUGUUUUUAGCAAUGUAGAAAACAGGAUAGUUGCGAGAUUUCCACUUGUUGGUUAAAAUAUGUAAGGAACGAGAAAAUGGCGCCAUUUUAAUGUAUUGUGUUUGUCCCCUUUUUCCAUAAAUUUCUAUUUUUACAGUAAAUGUAAAGGCAGUAGAACCAGUUAUUCAUUAAUUUCUUUCAUAUCUGAUUGUCAAAAUGAACGAUACUCCGAAAACUACCGUAGAUUCAGGUUAUUUUGAAACAUCUAUAUCCUCUCCUACGCUUCAAAAUGAUAAUAAUACUCCACUAUUCGGUACAUGUCGCAAAAGAAAAGCUUCUUGUAUUGAAAAAUGUCCAAGAAACCUAUCGGGUGUUCUGGAUUAUUAUUCUCCACAGUUUUCGAGUACCUUGAAUGAGUCGUUGAUGAACCACCUUGAACAAAUACAUUUAGAAAAUGACCAAGAAAAAGUGCCUUCUAUUGAUACUCGAACAUCCACCACACAAUUAAAAACUAUUGAAAAUAAAAACAGAAGGUCCUGCUCAGUUCCUAACACUCCUGAACAACAAGUCAAAUGUGCAAGAGAUUCCAUUUCAAAAAGACCAAACACAAAUAGUUUUGUAAAAAAUUUCUCUCAGUUUGGGAUACAGAGUCAGUCACCUCUUAACAAAGAAGUCUAUAGUAUCUUAUAUCCUGAACUACCUAGUUUAGAACCUAUUAAAAAACCAGCAACACCAUUGAAAGUAGAAAAAGGGUGUUCACAAGCUAAAAAAAGAUUGUUCUACCAGCCCAGACUUAGUCCCUUGAGACAAAUACUCUCAAACAGUAUAAUAAUGAACAAAAUAUUAAAGCAGUUAUCAAAUGGAGACUUAUACAGAUUAGCAAAAGUAUCUAUUAGAUUCAGAGAGGCUAUUUUGAAUGAUUUUGAAUCUUGUAGUAGGUUUUUGGAAUACACCCAGUUUUACAAAAAUCAUAAGGAGAAUUACAAGAUUACUCCACCAAAUUCUCCAGAAAAAGAUGAUGAAAUGGACAUAGAAGGAAAUCUAGAUUCCAAGAAUUUUACAUAUUUUUACCAAUUUGCUACAAGUCUGAACAAGAAUCAAUCUUUAAUGAAAUGUCCAAUAUGUCAAAAACCUUCCAUAGUUGAAAAUGAUAUUGCUCAGUGUCAGGAUAUCAAUAGAUGUGGAUAUAUAUUUUGCAAGAAGUGUAAUAGCUUCUCACACAAUCCAAAAGAAUUUAAAGAUAAAUGCAACAAUGCACACCUCAUGAAUAACACAAAGUCUAGAAACUUCUUUGGAGAUUUAAGCAAUUCAACAAUGACUAGCGACUAUGGUACAGGCAAUUCCAGUUCCUUUUUUUCUUCAUCACUUAAUCUUAAUUCCUCCUGUAAAUAUGAUUCUUCGGCUAAUUUUUCUGAAUGUGAAGUCUCAACUCCCAAACAAAAAGUCAAGAGAGACUUAUCAAAAUCUUUUAUGUUACCAUCUGAGGUUAGAAUAUUUUCAUCUAAUAAAAGGAUCGGUACGCCUCAAGCCAGGAAACAACCACGCAGAACAUCACUCGUACCUGUAGUACCACAGACACCGACGAAAACUUCAAUUACAGAUCUGAUGGAACCUUCUAGUCCUCCAAAAAUUAAACUGCCCUCAGUUUGUUCCAAGCAGAGCAAAAGGAACCUGAAAAGGUUGACCCAAUGAUUUUUUUUUUCUGUGAAAAAGUAAAGCUUAUUUUUUGUACAUUACAUAUUUUCCUUUGAUCGUGGUUUGUAACAUCAUGUUAUUUCUACUGAAACAGAGGUUUUAAAUAACGUAUUCAUGUGUAAAUUAAAUACAAACAUUGAGACUAUUGUGUGGAGUAGAGUGUGUUAUUUGUGCUAUCUUGGAAGCAUUCAUAAAUAUAUUGUUACCUCAGUUUCGAAACGGAAAUAACUUAAAAUUUGACAAAAGUUAGAUAUUUCAGCAAAAUUAUUAAAAAUAUUGAAUAAUGUCCAGUUCAAAAGAGAAUCAAUGUAGAAGUGUCUUAUGAUAAUAACCAUUAAUAUUUCCUUUUAGAACUCACAAAAUUUUCUCCACUUCUUUAUUCACACUUUUAAAACAGAUAAACUAAUAAUUGUCAUUUUUUUACUGAGGUAGUGAUGUGUUUAUGAAUUUCAAGAAAAAUGGAGAUUUAACAUGUGUAUGCUCCCAUUUAAUCACGAAUUAAUUUUAAAUGUAUUCAAGUCUUUUGUCCAAUUUUUGUCACUAUUUUAUUAUGACGAAUUUCAGUACCUUGGAGGUAAACUGCACUAUGUUGACAGUGCUGUUUUAUAAAAGUUUUAUUUUGAAACUCAGCUCAUCGAGACCUUCAUAGGGGUAUGUGCACAUAGUGUUAUUAGUUCUCAUGUUAAGCCAUAUUAUUCAUAGAAAAUUUGCUAUCAGAUCAUAGAAAUAUGCUGUAGGUAUAUGACUGUAUUUCAUAAAAACCAACAAUUUAUGCAAAUAAAAAAAAAAUGGAAGUUUUAUUAGUUAGAUUAGUAAACAAUACAUAAAUAUUGUGACAAUAAUUGGGUCUGACUGCAUUUGUUGUCGAAAUAUAAUUAAUAUAUGUAAUUAUGGAGCACAUAAGGUGUCCAAACAUACAAUCUGCUCUGCUGAAAAGUUGACAAUGCAGUUUACCUCCAAGGUACUGAUAUAUAGCAUUCUUAAAGAUGUACUAAUUAACAAGUUCAACUAAGACUAAUAUGUAUAAAGGUCAAUUACUAAGUAUAUUAUAAAUAUACUACAGGUGGGAGAACAGAUAAUACUAAUGAUUCAGUUGAGUUAAUGGGAACAUUAAGAGAGUAAAUUCCCAGAAAUGUUUUGCAAUAAUCAGCCUCAAAUCCAGUUUUUAAAUUAAAGCUAAAUUACAGAACACAGUAUAAUCAGUAUCAAAACCAGUAAACAUCCGUGGAUAUAUAUUUAAUAUUUUUGCUUAUUAAAUUAGUUUUUAUUGCAAAACAUUUCUGAUAAAUUAUUUCUUAAUGUUCAAAUCAACUGUAUACAUUCUUCGAUACAAAUAAGGUGUUAUUGACAUCUGUAAUAAUUUUGCUUAUGUUUACUUAAUAUUGGUUACACGGUCCGAAAUUAACAGCUCUACUGCUUGAUAUUCCUGAAAAACUCGUUAAAUUAGGGUUACGAUUGCCUGAAAAAUGGUGAAUCAAACGUCAAUCCACUAACCAGUAUUUUGUUAUGCUUAUCAUAAGUUGAAUGUCAAUCUGUGACAAAAUUGACGUGUUUCUCAGUCCAUAGUCCAAAUGUAACCAACAAAUAUUGUUGUUUUUUUUUUAAGAAUGGUCAAAAAAUACUAGAUAGUAGUCUGUUAAUCUUGGACCAUUAUCAUAGUUAAAUAGUUUUUCUUGACAAGAAUGACAGAUAUUUUUUGUCUCUUUAAUUGUAAGGCUUCAUUGAUAUAUUAAAGUCAUUGAUUUUUAGAAAAGGUGCUUCCAUAGUUGCCUUGUUUCCAAGUAUGUCCAUCUUAGUCCUGCAUAUAUGUUGUCUGCCUGAGUCAUCUACGGACUAUCUGUUUGCUUGGUGUUAUGAUAACUUUCACCUUUUUCUUUUUUUAUCCAGUCAAUGUUUCUUCUGUGUUGAAUAAUCCAUAUCCGGUUCUCCCACUAGAUGUACUCAUUAAUUCGCUCAAUUUUGUGGCAUUUUCGUCAGUAUUUAUCUUUUUUUGUUGUUUGUCUAGCUCGCCCAGAUUGCUUCCAACUCUAUUUGUCAUUUGCAAUCAAGACAAUGUCGUUUGCACGAUGUCCUUGGAUGAUUUAAUAAUAGCAAAUAUUAUUUUGAAGCCACAUUCAUCACAUUUUAAGUUUGUAUAACCAUAAUUUAGUAUUUUAACUAAAGAUUUUGGGUGGCUCUCUAUUUAACACAUUGUUCUGUCUAUUCUUUAGCGUGUUCUGUUAAAGACACUUUACAGUUUGCAUUUUUCCACGCCUGCAAGUAAAAUUGCGGCCAUUGGUAUUGCUGUUGCCGCAAGUCGAACUGCCGUUGCAAUUCUGGGAAAAAAUGUGUAAUAAGUGCUGCUGUUUUUUGAUGUAAACGUAGUGGUUGUCAGCAACCUACAACCUAAUUCAUGAAUCAGUAAUUUGACUAAAGAAUUGUUUCUCUGUAACUUAAUUACCAAGUAACGUCGCGAUUCCCGAUCCGAAAACUGUCACUAUGUCCAUCGAAGAGCCCAUAUUUCUAAAGGAUUUGAUGGAAGAUGGAUUUUUUCAGGGCCAGUUCAGAAGUCGGUAAUGAUCUUGAAAGAGAAACUGAAGAUCAGAUUACAAUCUGAACUUAUUAAAUAUGAAUAUGCAGAUGGUAGGCGGGGACUUCCAAGAUGAAGAUUCUUAUAUAGCAGGGGCAGAAGUUGGAAAUGCUUUUGGUAUAUAGAGAGGGGGUAAACGCCAAACCACGUCGGACGGCUUCAAGAAUUUUGCAGUAAUGUUUACCUACCAGUGUCGUUUCAUAAAAUAAGUAAUUUUAAAUUGUUACCGACGGAACCGGACAAUCGUAUUUAUUUAUGGACUAUAAAAUAAUUAUUAAACAUGUAUUAUGUUAUCCAAAUCAUAAUUCUACAAAAUUUUAAACUAUUUACUCGAAAUUGUUAUUAAAUCUAUAGUCAUUUUGUACGCAAAUGUAUCGCGUCCACUUCGGUUAGAUCCGCCGCAAACCUGUCAAUUUAAGUGUAUAAAGUGGGAAAACUAGCAAACGCCUUUCCAACUUCUGCCUCUGCUAUAUAAAUGGUUAUCCAUUUGAGAUUAUUGCUUCUAAAAUGAACAACCUUAUAGAAAAUGGUACUGUUAAGAAAAAGAUAAUUCACGAGGGAUAUGGAGAAAAAAACCAAAGGAGUCUGCAAUUGUGAGAGUGGAUUACUAUACUUACGCUAGCGGAAAACCAUGUUGCAUAGAUUUUGAAUUGUGAAGAAUUAUUAAUAGGGCUAGAUAUAGCAGUUCAAAGUAUGUGAAUUAAUGAAAUCUUGCAGUUUAUCAUUCAACCAAUUUACUCAUAUGGUUAACUUGGCUGCUUGCAAAGGGUGUCUCCAAAUACUGAGGUACUAUUUAAGAUCGAAUUGAAGCAAAUUGUUGAUGUACCUGCUGCUAGUUGAUUUGAUAUUCUACCAAAUGAAGAUAAUCAAAAAUCACUUAUGUUUAUUGUUUGGCUUUUUGUGCCAAAUAAAGAGAUCUAUACAGUAAAAAUAAAAAUAGAAUCUUACGUGACUAUAAUGCAGCCGUCUCUAAGUCAGAAAUGUGCCAAUUAGAUACUUAUGGAACACCAAGAGAAGCUCCAGGAAUUACUAUUGAGAUUAUCUUCAAAUCCUUUAGUUGCAUAUACGAAAAUAGAAGAAACAAAAAAGGCUUCUUUAAUUUCAAUAGAAUGAAAUGGUAACCACAGAAUAAGAGACCUAGGGGAAGACCGAAAAUUCGUUGGGAAGACCAAAUAAUGAAGGACAUAAAUAAGAUGGGGAUUAAUAGAUGGAGAGAAGAAAUACGUAUGACAAGUGGCUCAAACCAAAGAGCCAAGGGUGGCUAAAAUUCCGCAAGAAAUGUACAACCACACACACAAGUGCUACCAACCAGUUUCAAAAUGAGUAUACAUUCCUGGCAUUUAACAUGUUGUGUGUUACAUAAACUAACUCGCUAGAAUAUAGAAGAAUAAAAUAAUUAUGUAUAUUUUAUUAUAUGGCAUGUUUUCCAUAAUUUGCUUAGUAUAUUGGCGAAAAUGGUUCCAUGACUAAGUGGUGGAGCUGUUUAAUGUACUUAAGUUGGCGAACUUUUUUUUGCGAAGUCUACUAGGGACAACAAUUUCUCUCAAUUGCAAUUGCGAACUGUAAAGUGGCUCUUAGGAUAGGCCAGUUGGUCAACACGUAUUACAUCGUUUUUUAAUAUUUUCGCAAUUUUCCCGUCUUUAGCUAGGAGCAUUAUUUUCUUUCAUAUAUUUGACUGAUUCGGGCUGAAGUUUACAAUUUCUUUUUGCUUCCGGUUGAUUAUGUUCUGACUGGUACAUUUUUUAGUCAUAUUUACUUUAUGUUGUUGAUACAGUCUAUAACACUGCAACGUACAUCAGCAUUGCAGUAGGUCUUCAAUCCGUACUGUAUUUGGAAAAUGAUGUGUCUGAGAAAAUAAAUCUGCAGUUCUAUAAACUUGUGUUUCAAAGGACAAACGUUACCUACCAUUUUUCUUAGAUAAAAUUCAUGUUGAGCCUCUAAAAAUAUACUUUUAUUAUUCUGAUGAAAUAAUUGACAAAUGUCUUUUCAACUGAAAUAAUUUCCAAUAUUUUUUUUAGAAAAUUGAGACACCAAUGAAGACUUUUAAACUAAAUAUAUUAUAAAUAAUUGUUUUUUGUAUCGAUUUGCCCAGUGAUUCUUGGUAAACUGAUGUGAUAUUUUUUUCAUUCCUUACGAAUUUUUAAUUCAUUGUUGACAGUUUGCCUGAGUAGCAUUUUAACUAUUUUUAAUCUUUAUUACUGUAAUUUUUAUAUAUGCUAAGAGAGUUCAAG